AUGGCGGAUAGCCCUAAACAUCAUAUUGUUGCAACGGGCUGCAUGUUCAAUUUACCGUGGGAGAGUAUGAUUCAUAAUGUGCCUCUCCCUGCUAAUCAUGUGAGGGUACAGUUGAACACUGCUAUUGAUACUAAUUAUGCCCUCUCGAUGCCCACCCCAGAUGUAGAGACAGUGGCUCAAGCAGUGGGUAGCUUUGUCGCUUGGCCUGGUGGCCUUCUUAUAUUAGAACAUGGCGAGGAUUUCAUGAUUCUCCUAAAGUUUGAGCCAGAGGUCUACGGUCAACCCUCGUCAAAGUACGUCACAAAUGAAGUAUUGAAAGAAAAUUCUAGCACAUGGAAUGACCAGCACAAAUGCCUGUAUCUUUUCAAGAACUUUAUAGUCCCCAGUGGCCUUGAUGACAAGUUUAAGAUUAUCAACCCCCACACUUUUGCUGGCCAUAGACCUGAUAUGAAGAAGAAAGACUUAUCCAGAGACUUGGUAGAUAUCUUCAUUUCUACGGCAGCAACGCCUGAGACUUUGUUUUUUGCGCCUUAUUGUCAAGGGGCUUUGUGGCUACACCGCAUAAAUCAAGCUUUACCCUGCCCCUCGUGCCCACGUCAGCUCAAAAAAAGCUCCGAUUGUGGAUAUUACGUGAUGAAAUUCAUAAAGGAGAUAAUUAUGCACAAUAUUGACACAAUCCCUACACAGUAUUUUGCCGACACAUAUUGCAUAGUGUAG